AUGUCCUCCUCCACCCACUUCGCAGACCCCUCAAGCUUCCAACAACAGUCUAAUGACUUUGUGAGAUGGCUUGAAACAUGCCCGGGCGUCAAAAUCAACCCAAAUAUCUAUCUGGCAGAUCUCAGGUCUACAGGUUCCGGCCGUGGAGUUGUGGCUCGCUCCAAUAUUCCCGAGGGCAAGGAACUUUUCUCAAUCCCACGAAAUCUCAUUCUCGCGGUGCAAAACUCGGAGUUGAAGAACUUGCUCGGACAGGAACUUGAAGCGCUCGGGCCAUGGCUGUCACUGAUGUUGGUCAUGCUUCAUGAAUAUUCAAAGGGUGCCAAUUCCACAUGGGCGGCCUAUUUCCGAGUUUUGCCCACGCGGUUCGACACGUUGAUGUUCUGGUCGCCGGAAGAACUGCGAGAGUUGCAAGCGAGCGCCAUUGUGGACAAGAUUGGGAAGCAAGGUGCGGAUGAGUCAAUUUUGGAAUCAAUUGUCCCAAUUGUUCGAGCCAACUGCACUCUGUUCCCUCCUAUUCAUGGCGUUUCUUCCUACGAGAGUGACGAGGGUGCUGCGGCUCUUCUUGAACUGGCCCACGUCAUGGGCUCGCUGAUUAUGGCGUACGCUUUUGACAUCGAGAAAGCUGAGACCGAGGAUGACGACGCCGAAGACAACGAUGAGAGCUACAUGACUGAUGAUGAGGAUGAGCAAUUACCCAAGGGUAUGGUUCCGUUAGCUGACAUGCUGAACGCCGACGCAGACCGAAACAAUGCUCGUCUUUUCCAAGAAGAAGAGUUCCUUGUUAUGAAAGCAAUCAAGCCAAUUCAGGAGGGUCAAGAAAUCUUUAAUGACUAUGGAGAGAUCCCUCGCGCGGAUUUGCUUCGUCGGUACGGUUACGUGACCGAGAACUAUUCGCAGUAUGACGUUAUCGAGCUGCCUCUCAGCGAUAUCUGUCAAGUGGCUGGUCUGUCUGAUAGUGAUGUGGAAUCUCAGCCAAGGCUCGAGCUUCUUGAUGCCAACGACGUGCUCGAUGAUGGCUAUGUGAUUCCUAGGCCCGCGCCAAAUGCUUCUCUUGAGGACAUUCUCCCCGCCGAGCUUGUCAUACUUCUCAGCACACUGUGCCUGACGCCUGAGGACUUUGAACAGCGCCGUUCAAAGAACAAGCCUCCCAAGCCAGUCAUGGAAAGCAGCCAGGCCAGCCUUCUCUACAAGAUCUUACAAGCCAAGCAAUCUCAGUACGGCAGCUCUCUGUCAGAUGACUCGCAGCUCCUGGGCAAUCUUCAACAGUCAAACGUCGCCCUGGAAGGAUCUGACCGCCGCAAGAUGAUGGCCUUGCAGGUACGCAUCGGCGAGAAGGAGGUUCUCCAAGCUGUCCUCGCCAUGCUUGAGCCCCUCCUCUCCAACGGAUCCCUCAAACGCGGCGCCAAUGCCGAUGCCGAUGUCAGACAAUUCAAAUCUGCGCGAGUCUGA